GCUCUACUGGGCUGAUCUGCCAACCGCCAGCGCGUGAGGAGCCGCGACUGCUGUCCUGACUGUGGUAUUAAUAAUAUAUAGUAUUAAAGAUAUAUUAUUAUUAUCCCAGUCGCAGUGUUGCACGCAUUUAAGAACUAUUGCUGGUUGCAAUACAAGGGACACUGGAAUUUAGCCCCUAAAUCUUUGGUCGACAGUCAAUCCUUCUCGGUUCGCUAAAUCUCUGACCCUUUGUGACGACAUCAUGCUGACCCGCCUGUUCCGCAUGCAUGGCAUGUUCGUGGCCUCGCACCCCUGGGAGGUGAUCGUCGGCACGGUUACCCUCACCAUCUGCAUGAUGUCCAUGAACAUGUUCACAGGGAACGAUCAGAUCUGCGGCUGGAACUUUGACUGCCCAAAGACAGAGGAGCAAAUUCUCAGCAGUGACAUCAUCAUCCUCACCAUCACGCGCUGCAUCGCCAUCAUCUACAUUUACUUCCAGUUCCAAAACCUACGACAGCUGGGCUCCAAAUACAUCCUGGGUAUCGCGGGCCUCUUCACCAUAUUCUCCAGCUUUGUGUUCAGCACCGUCGUGAUACACUUCCUCGACAAGGAGCUCACAGGCCUCAACGAAGCGUUGCCAUUCUUCUUGCUCCUCAUCGACCUCUCCAAAGCGUGUGCACUGGCAAAGUUUGCUCUGAGUUCCAACUCUCAGGAUGAGGUGCGGGAUAACAUUGCGCGUGGCAUGGCUGUCCUGGGCCCGGCCUUCACUCUGGAUGCAGUGGUCGAGUGCCUGGUGAUCGGGGUGGGCACCAUGUCAGGGGUUCGGCAGUUGGAAAUCAUGUGCUGCUUCGGGUGCAUGUCUGUCCUGGCCAACUACUUUGUGUUCAUGACCUUCUUCCCUGCAUGCGUUUCCCUGGUGCUGGAGCUGUCCAGAGAGAACCAAGAGGGCCAUCCAAUCUGGCAGCUGAGCCACUUCAACAAGGUGAUGGAGGAGGAGGACAACAAGCCCAACCCCGUCACCCAGAGAGUAAAGAUGAUCAUGUCUCUAGGACUGGUGAUGGUGCACGCUCACAGCCGCUGGAUCGCUGAGCCGUUGAAUAUCCACACCACCAUGGAUGUUGAGGUGGGCAUGAGCUUUGGCCAUGACUCCCCAAGAAGAAUCCACCCUGAGACCCCCCUCUGGCAGUUCUACCUUGCACGGAUGAUCACCAUGGACGUGGAGCAGGUGAUCUGCCUGGGACUGGCCCUCCUGCUGGCCGUCAAGUACAUCUUCUUCGAGCAGGUGGAGAUGGAGUCCACGCUGUCCCUGAAGAACCUCAUGAGCAUGUCUGCCCCGGCGGCUGCCAACCGCCACGCCGCAGAGUCCUGCCACCGGAUGGAGCCUACCGUGCGCCCCACCGCUUCCCCCGCCCAGGACAAUACACAGAAGUUAGCCCCGCUGCCGGUGAUCAAGGAAGAGGAAGACGAGAUGAUUCGACCCCUCCCUGCCCCGAAGGUCCAGCCCCUCCCGGUCCCCCAGGUCCAGCACCAGACCCAGAGCAUCUUCUUCCUGGGGGACGGCAAGGCCGGGGAGGGCUCUCAACCGCAGACUCCCAACGCAGAAGCGAGUGCCCCUUCCUUUCCCAGCGAGCCCCGCCCUCUGGAUGAGUGUUUGGCGAUCCUCAAGAACCCUGAGAUGGGUGCCCCUUUCCUCAGCGACGCGGAGGUGGUGCAGCUGGUCAACUCUAAACACAUCCCCUCCUACAAGCUGGAGGCGCUGAUGGAGCGGCCCGAGAGGGGCGUGGCCAUCCGCAGGCAGAUGAUAUCCGCUAAGCUCCCAGUGCCUGCUGCCCUGUCGUCCCUGCCCUACACAGACUACGACUACUCCAACGUGAUCGGCACCUGCUGUGAGAACGUGAUUGGCUACAUGCCCGUGCCAGUCGGUGUGGCCGGACCACUUCACCUGGACGGAAAGCAGUUCCAGGUCCCCAUGGCAACGACCGAGGGCUGUCUGGUGGCGAGCACCAACCGUGGGUGCCGAGCUAUCGCUUUGGGCGGCGGUGCCAGCAGUCGUAUCCUAGCCGACGGCAUGACCCGGGGUCCCGUGGUCAGGCUGCCCUCGGCGUGCCAGGCCGCCCAGGUCAAAGGCUGGCUGGAGAGUGCAGAGGGGUUUCAAGCCACCAAAGAGGUGUUCGACAGUACCAGCAGGUUUGCCCGUCUCCAGAAGUUGCAGAUCUGUCUGGCCGGGCGGAACCUUUACAUCCGAUUUCAGUCGAGGACCGGGGACGCCAUGGGCAUGAACAUGAUCUCCAAGGGAACCGAGCAGGCUCUGUCUCGUCUCCAGGAGGAGUUCCCUGAAGUGCAGGUUCUAGCGGUCAGUGGAAACUACUGCACCGACAAGAAGCCUGCCGCUAUCAACUGGAUCGAAGGCCGGGGCAAGUCCGCUGUCUGUGAGGCAACCAUCCCUGCUAAGGUAGUCCGAGAGAUUUUGAAGACCACGACUGCAUCCCUCGUGGACGUGAACAUCAACAAGAACCUGGUGGGCUCGGCCAUGGCAGGCAGCAUCGGGGGCUACAACGCACACGCCGCCAAUCUGGUGGCUGCCAUCUACAUCGCCUGUGGACAGGACCCAGCUCAGUCUGUUGGCAGUAGUAACUGCAUCACCCUGAUGGAGCCCUCAGGCCCCAUGGGCGAGGACCUGUACAUCAGCUGCACCAUGCCCUCCAUCGAACUGGGAACCGUGGGAGGCGGGACCAACCUGCCCCCUCAGCAGGCUUGCCUUAAGAUGCUAGGCGUUCAGGGAGCGUGCCAUGAGUGUCCAGGAGACAAUGCCCGGCAGCUGGCCAGAGUGGUGUGUGCGACGGUGCUCGCAGGAGAGCUGUCACUCAUGGCGGCGCUGUCGGCAGGCCACUUGGUGAAGAGCCACAUGACACACAACAGAUCCAAGGUGAACUUGCAGCAGGCCCCCGGGACAUGCACACAGAAUGCCUCUUGAGAAUGUGCCCAAUAUUGUCUUCGCUUGUCCAAGUUGGGUUCGCUCUGGAUUGUUCUUUUUGCAAAUGACGCAGAUGUUUCUACACGAGACCAUCAAGGAAUGUGAUCGCUGAACAUAUUUGAACCUUUUUAAUAUUUAAAAAGGAUUUUAUUGUUAAAAAUGAUUCGCACAACUUUUUGAAAUGAUCGUGUCAACACUGCAAUAUUUGUUACAAAAAAGUGGAUGUUCUGGAACAGUCCCUGACAGUGACCUGAGGAGCUGUCUGCACUUCUUUAUGAGACAUGACAACUCGAAAGAAUGGAAAGAAAGUACAUUAUUUUGUUGUUCUUCAUAUGGUUGGUUUUGCAAAAACACUGCUCUUCUUUGAGUUGAAAAGGAAGGGCUGAUCUGAAGACACCAUUGGCAGUUGUUCUUAUGUGAUAUAUGCUUGCAUAAACUAACUGUUGAAUGGUUUGGCUUUGUCAGUUGUGGAUGAUUGCUGCAGUAAGGUUUCGAUGUACGAAGAGUCACAGGAGUUUUAAUGCAACACAUUUGACUGUGUUCAUUUCAUUAUCACUAAGCUUUUUAAAAAAUAUAUUUUGUAAUAAACACAAGAACUUGACUACAAUUCCUUCACUAAGAUGUUUUCACAAA